GUACAAAUAGAUCUCUCCCUCACAGUGACUCACAAACCAGUGCUGUUCUGCAAGUCCUGUGUAGCACCACACCACAUGGAGAUGGAAGCUGACACGGAGCGAGGUGCCCAGUGCAAGCAAGACCUAAUCGGUGACAGUAAGAAGGGUCUGGGCUGCUGUGGGUGGUUCAUUGUGAUCAUCUCAGCGUUUUUCUGUAUAUUGAUCUUUCCGAUCAGCAUUUUCAUAUGCAUCAAGAUUGUGAAAGAAUAUGAACGUGCAGUUAUAUUUAGACUGGGGCUGAUAACAGCCAGAAAACCCAAAGGACCAGGAAUCUUCUUCAUCAUCCCUUGCACAGACUCCUUCAUCAAGGUUGAUCUGAGAACCAUCUCAUUUGACAUCCCUCCUCAAGAGAUCUUGACAAAAGACUCAGUGACUGUUUCUGUGGAUGGCGUGGUGUACUUCCGUGUAAAUGACCCCAUUGCCUCUGUGGCAAAUGUGACCAAUGCUGAUUAUUCCACUCGUCUAUUGGCCCAGACCACCCUGAGGAAUGUGCUGGGCACCAAAAACCUGUCUGAGGUCCUGUCUGACCGAGAGAGCAUCUCCCAUAGCAUGCAGGUGACUCUGGAUGAAGCUACAGACUCAUGGGGUAUUAAGGUGGAGCGGGUGGAAAUGAAAGAUGUCAAAUUGCCUCUACAGCUGCAGAGAGCAAUGGCAGCCGAGGCGGAGGCAACCCGGGAGGCUAGAGCGAAGGUCAUCGCAGCAGAGGGAGAGAUGAAUGCAUCCAGGGCUCUUAAGGAAGCAUCUCUGGUGAUCGCAGAGUCUCCAUCCGGUCUUCAGCUGAGAUACCUCCAAACCCUCAGCACCAUUGCAGCUGAGAAGAACUCCACCAUUAUCUUCCCACUGCCCAUGGACAUGAUAAGCCAGUUCAUGAAGAAAUGACUGCAGAAACAUUUUUGUGUAUUUACAAAGUAUACAAAUGUAUGCAAGAGCAGUUUAACAAUUUCUUUAGAAAUUGUAAAUUAUUUCCUUAUGUGCCAUGUUUUACACAUAUUUUAGUUUUUAAGUGUUGAAGGAAUAUUGUAAUUUAUGUAGAACAUGAAAGAGUUGAGGUUUA